AUAAGCUAAACUCUGUUUUAUAUUUAACUCCCUCCAGCGCAGGAGGAGUGGAGUGGGGAUGCACUGUUUAUAAGGGAGCUGUGACAAUUUUCUCGUCAGUCCUCUUCCUCCUGCUCAGUUCUCUUCUGUCCCACCCCUCGUUUCCACAUUCAUCCUUGAGUGGCUGGUGGGAACUUGCAGGGAGAGGCAAAGACGCGAGAAGCCGAAGAGAGGUAAGGGAGAAGUGAAAACGGGCUGCCAAACCAGGGCAUUCUUUCCAAUUUAAAAGGAAGUCUGCUGACGUUAGUUAAAUUUAACAUCCUUUCAUGUGUAACAUUUGGCUUUGGAAACAAAAAUGAACUUUGCGGACAGUGAAGGCUCUAAGAAAUACUGCAUUAAAACGAAACAUGUGGCCAUUAUCUGCGCAGUGGUGGUGGGUGUAGGAUUAAUAGUAGGACUUGCUGUGGGCUUAACCAGAUCCUGUGACUCCGUGGAAAAUGUACCUUCCCAGCGUCCUCCCACAGCGAGUCCUCCCACAGCGAGCUCUCCCACAACGAGUCCUCCCACAACGAGCCCUCCCCAGGACCAGGAGGUCUGCCCUGCCAGUGACGAUGAAAGCGGAGCCUGGAAAAAUUUCAGGCUGCCGGACUUCAUUAACCCGGUGCACUACGAGCUGGAGGUGAAGCCCAUGUUGGAGGAGGACACGUACACGGGCAGUGUGACCAUCUCCAUCAACGUGAGCACGCCCACGCAGCACCUGUGGCUGCACCUCCGGGAGACCAAGAUCAGCCGGCUCCCGGUGCUGACGCGACCCUCCGGGGCGCAGGUGCAAAUUCAGAGGUGCUUCCAGUACACAGAGCAGGAGUAUGUGGUGGUGGAGGCAGCGGAAGAGCUCGCACCCAACGGUGACGAGGGUCCUUACCUCCUGACCAUGGAGUUCGCUGGCUGGCUGAACGGCUCGCUGGUGGGGUUUUAUAGAACGACUUACGUGGAGAAAGGACAAGUCAAGAGCAUAGCAGCCACUGAUCAUGAACCAACAGAUGCCAGGAAAUCCUUCCCUUGUUUUGAUGAACCCAGCAAAAAGGCUACUUAUACAAUAUCUAUCGUCCACCUCAAAGACUAUAAGGCACUUUCAAAUAUGCCUGUGGCGAAAGAAGAAUCGGUGGAUGAUAAAUGGAAUAGAACAACUUUCGAGAAGUCUGUCCCCAUGAGCACUUACCUGGUGUGCUUUGCUGUGCAUCAAUUUUACUCCGUAAAGAGAGUAUCAAAUAAGGGAAUACCUCUCACUAUAUAUGUCCAGCCAGAACAAAAUUACACAGCUGAAUAUGCUGCAAACAUAACUAAAAUUGCAUUUGAUUAUUUUGAAGAAUACUUUGGUGUGGAUUAUGCUCUUCCUAAAUUAGAUGAAAUAGCUAUUCCAGACUUCGGCACUGGGGCUAUGGAGAACUGGGGACUUAUCACGUUCAGAGAAACAAACCUGCUUUAUGACCCUGAGGAAUCAGCCUCAUCAAAUAAGCAAAGGGUGGCCACUGUGGUUGCCCAUGAACUGGUGCAUCAGUGGUUUGGAAAUCUUGUGACCAUGGAGUGGUGGGAAGACUUGUGGCUAAAUGAAGGAUUUGCUUCCUUCUUUGAGUUCUUGGGAGUAGACUAUGCAGAAAAAGAAUGGCAAAUGCGGGACCAGCUGUUACUUGAAGAUGUACUACCUGUACAAGAGGACGAUUCUUUGAUGUCUUCACACCCAAUCAUUGUCACUGUGACCACCCCUGCAGAAAUAACAUCUGUUUUUGACGGAAUAUCCUAUAGCAAGGGUGCUUCUCUUCUGAGAAUGCUUGAAGACUGGAUAACACCAGAGAAAUUUCAAAAAGGAUGUCAGAUUUACUUGGAAAAAUACAAAUUUAAGAAUGCAAGAACUUCAGAUUUUUGGGGAGCACUUGAAGAGGCAAGUAAUCUACCAGUGAAAGAAGUAAUGGACACUUGGACCAUACAGAUGGGUUAUCCUGUACUUAAUGUGAAAAAUAUGAGGAACAUCACACAGAAACGGUUUCUGUUAGAUUCAAAAGCGAAUUCUUCUCAGCCACAUUCAGCUCUUGGUUACACAUGGAAUAUUCCAGUUAAAUGCAUAUGCAAAUAUGUUUCUUAUCGGUUUUUAUUUACUACUACAGGAAUCACUUUGAACUCUUCUAAUCCUGAUGGAGAUGUUUUUCUCACAAUAAACUCAGAUCACAUUGGGUUUUAUCGUGUAAAUUAUGAAGAAACAACUUGGGACCAGAUAGCUUUCAGACUUUCCUCUGAUCACAAGGCAUUUUCAUCUGCUGAUCGGGCAAGUCUUAUUGAUGAUGCCUUUGCCUUGGCAAGAGCUCAACUUCUGGAUUAUAAAGUGGCUCUGCACUUGACCAAGUAUCUUAAAAUGGAAAAGGAUUUUUUACCAUGGCAGAGAGUCAUUUCAGCUAUAACAUAUAUCAUUAGCAUGUUUGAAGAUGAUAAAGAGCUAUCCCCUAUGAUUGAGGAAUACUUCAGAGAUCAAGUGAAACCCAUUGCAGAUGAUCUGACAUGGGAUGAUACUGGAGACCACCUCGAAAAGUUACUCCGUACUUCGGUGUUAGGGCUUGCAUGCAAAAUGGGAGACCAAGAAGCCUUGGGCAAUGCUUCUGAGUUAUUUCAGCAGUGGCUAAGUGGGACUGUAAGGAUUCCUGUAAAUCUCAGGCUCCUGGUAUAUAGGUAUGGAAUGCAGACCUCUGGCAAUGAGACUUCAUGGAACUACACUCUUGAUCAAUACCAGAAAACUUCAUUAGCUCAAGAAAAAGAAAAACUGCUGUAUGGAUUAGCAUCAGUGAAGAACGUUACUCUUUUGUCAAGGUAUUUGGAUUUGCUCAAAGACUCAAACCUUAUUAAAACUCAGGAUGUGUUUACAGUCAUCCGAUAUAUCUCAUAUAACAGCUAUGGCAAGACCAUGGCCUGGAAUUGGAUACAGCUCAACUGGGAAUAUUUAGUCAACAGAUACACAAUCAAUGACAGAUACCUUGGCCGGAUAGUCACAAUAGCAGAGCCAUUCAACACUGAACUACAGCUCUGGGAGAUGGAGAGCUUUUUCAAAAAAUAUCCAGAAGCUGGAGCAGGAGAAACACCUAGGCAGCAAGUGCUGGAAACAGUGAAAAACAACAUUGAGUGGCUAAAACAAAAUACAGAGAGUAUAAGAGAAUGGUUUUUUGAUUUAACUAGGAAUGGUUAAUGUGUUCAAAUAUAUUUUAAUUUUGUAAAUUUGUUUUUUUUCCUAUUAAGCAUUUGAUAAACUAAUUUAUAAGCACUGUGAAGGGAAUCUUAUACAGAUACUGCUUUUGCUAAGCAUUAUGUUUUAUGUCUUGCAAAGCUUUAAAAUUGUUCAUCUUUGUUUAUGAAGGAAGAUACUAACAGAGUGGUUAAUGUACUCAGGGAUUUCUUCUAAGUGUGCUUCAUAGGAGAUUUUUUACAAACAAGAGAAUUUAAUAGCCAUUUUAAUGUUUUUAAAUAUCUUUCUUUGUACCUUUAAUCUAUGAAAAUAGAACAAUUUGGUCUCAACUUUACAUCUUUAGCACCAAAGAAACACCACUAAUCUUUUCUCUUUAUUGAUUUUCAAGGUUUAAAUAGCAGUAUUUGAGAGACCAAUAUUACCAUCUUAAUCUUUAUUUUAUUAUUCAGAAUUAUGCAGAUCUCAUAUCAUUUUAUUCACAUAUGUCUUAUUCCUUUAAAUCCUUCCAAAGUAACAAGGCUUAAAUUUUACUCAAGAAUCGCAUGCAUUAGCCAAAGAAAUGGCUGACUGUUGCCUUUACUCUUACAAAAUCAACAAGAAAACUCUCCUGUUCUUUUUAAAAUAAAUCUAAAUGAUUACCUUGAGAAAUAUA